AUUUUCAUGUCAGUACUUCUAACUCAGUGGCUGUAAGCGGGCUAUGAUAAGGAUUUCAAGUAAUUUUGCAAAAAUGGCCAAAAAAGCGAAUUCCAUACCCAACCUUUAAGAUCCAUUCAAAUUCUUGAAAUAAAUUAUAUCUCACAUAUAUGUUUCUUCCAAGUUUUUGGUCGAUGACACAUUCCAUAUCUGUAAAUAAAAGGUUAUAAUCUGAUAAUAAAAACUUGGGUUUCAACUAAUACAUCACAAAGCACAUAAAUGCUUGAUCAGAUGAAACAGCACCACUUUGCACUUUUGCUUAACUUUUGUUAAAAAAUAUUCUUUCGAACUUAACUAAUAUUGUGAACCAGGUCAGAUAUACAAUGAAUGUGAAUUGGUUUACGAAAGCGCAAUGACAAGCACACGCUAGAUAACCCAUCGUGGCAAAUCUUUAAGCUGCAGUUUAGCGCAGUGAAUACUAUAUUAUCAUCAGACAUGGGGAGAUUCUCGUUUAUACUACCUACUAUAAAAUGUUUUGUUUUAUGUACUUUAAAUGUUUGUUGUAUGUUAUAUAUUCUUAUUCUUCAAGUGCUUUUCGAACACUUUGGAAAAGUGGUUUUUAAUGUUGUAGUCAAACCUCUUCCUAGUGUAUUUUCUAAAGACCUUGUGAUGCAUUCACGCCUCUUUCCACACGUGUUCUUUUUGAAAGCUGGAACAUCUCGUACUAGUACUGAAUGGCAUCUCAUUAGGUUGUAAAGCGGCCCUUCUGGUCUCUCUCUCUCCCCCAACAUCUGAGGAUGCGUGGCUGAGGCCCGUCCUGCUGCCUCUUUACCAGCCUCAUACCAAUCUUCAGAAGACAGAGACGCCUCUGGUCACUAGCACAACGUGAUUGAUUCAGUCAUUUUAUUAACCCUUCAGGACUGUAGAUCAGCGACUAAAUGCUUCAAUAAAGUCUUUCACUGUAUGCUUGUCAACUACCAUUCCUAUCCAUGCAGGUUGCAGCUAUGGCAGAAGAGGAGCUGUAUAUCGUGUACAAGGGUGUGUAUUUGGUCAAACUGACCCAUACCCCAGAGAGCCUGAAAUACUACGAGGAGUUCUCUUUCCGUCCAGAUGACAUUCUGAUUGUUACUUAUCCCAAGUCAGGGACAACAUGGAUGCAGGAGAUAGUACCUCUGAUCCUGAGCCAGGGAGACCCAGUAGUGGUGGACACUGUGCCCAACUGGGACCGGGUCCCCUGGUUGCACAAUAACAAGGCCCGUCACCUUAACCUGGACCAGAGACCGUCCCCACGCGUCUUCAUUACUCACUUCCAGUACAACAUGAUGUCAACAGGCUUCCUCAAGGUCCAACCCAGGGUAAUUUAUGUGAUGAGGAACCCGAGAGAUGUAUUCACUUCUUGCUCUCACUUUAGUAGGAUGGCCUCCUUCUUGGUUAGUCCAGGAACACAGACUGAAUUUCUCAACAAAUUUCUUGAUGGAAAAGUGAUUUUUGGCUCUUGGUUCGAUCACGUGAAGGGCUGGCUGUCUGCCACAGAACAGCACAUCAUGUACAUCUCCUAUGAAGAGAUGAUCCUGGACCUGGAGGCCUCUGUGACACGGAUGGCUCAGUUCUUGGACACACCUCUGGAUUCUGAGAUGAUAAGGAAGAUUACCGAUCGAUGUGUGUUUAAGAAUAUGAAAAAGAACAAAAUGUCGAACUACUCCCUGGUCCCCAAUACAAUUAUGGACCAGAAUGUAUCAGAGUUCCUUAGGAAAGGUAUUGCUGGAGACUGGAAGGAUCAUCUAACUGUAGCAGAGGCGGAACACUUUGAUGCAUUUUACCAAAAGAAAAUGCAGGAUGUAAAAUACAAUUUUUUUUGGGAUUAGAAAAUAUAAUUAUUGUGUUUUCUAUCAUGGCCUGGGGCAAAGUAGCCAACCAAUUGUUAAAGUGCUGUUACUAAUGGCCAUGAUUCAUCAUGAUUUAGAACCACAAUCAGAGUCUGAAAUUUAUAUUUCUAAUGUUAUUUUGUCUCGUUAACUUAGUAUGAGCAGGUGUAACGUAACAUGUGUAACAAAGCAGCUUAAUAACGAUGAGGGAUAAAUUCAGUUUUUUCUCUCUAAGAAAUGUGUUAAUUUGCUGAGACUAGCUCAGAGAAGAUUUGAAUGACUUGCCUUCAUGAAUACAGACUGGGAUUUCAUUCAAAUCCCUUCAAAUUCGUGAAAUAAAUUAUAUCUCACCUAUA